AUGGACGUUGAGUAUCAGCAUCGAUGCAAAGCUUACCGCUUUGUGGCCUACUCGGCCGUCGCCUUCUCGGUGGUCGCCAUCCUUGGAGCCGCCACCACUCUGCCCAUGGUGUACAAUUAUGUGCACCAUGUCCGCCGCACGAUGCACUCUGAACUCAACUACUGUCGUACGUCGGCCCGUGAUAUCUGGUCUGAAGUCAACACCAUGAAGACCACAGGAAACCGUACCGCCCGUCAGGCCGGAUAUGGUAGCGAUGACGCCGUGCUGGGCGGUGGCAACACUGGAAGCGUUGGUGGAGGCGGCGGUGGUGGCAGCUACAAUGGAGGAAACGACUGCACCGCUUGCUGCUCUGGUGGAGGUGCGGGACCAGCAGGAACUCCUGGAAACGCAGGACGACCAGGAAACCCUGGCGCUCCUGGAGCCCCAGGAAACCCCGGCAGACCACCAGUUCAGCCAUGCCCACAAUACACCCCUGCUCCAUGCAACCCUUGCCCAGCUGGACCACCCGGACCACCAGGAGGCCCCGGACAGCCCGGAGAAGCCGGACGUGACGGAAACCCAGGAGGACCCGGAACUCCAGGAGGCCCAGGUACACCUGGACCCAAGGGACCACCAGGACCCAGCGGAAACCCCGGAAGCCCAGGAGCCCCAGGACAGCCUGGAAACCCAGCCACAUCUGUUCCUCCUACUCCCGGAGCACCAGGACCUGCCGGACCUCCCGGACCUGCUGGACCACCUGGACCCAAUGGACAGCCCGGAAGCCCAGGAGCACCAGGACAACCUGGACCAAAGGGACCACCUGGAGGCAACGGUCAACCUGGCCCAGACGGAAACCCAGGAACACCUGGAGACAGAGGCACCCCAGGAACACCUGGAGAGCGCGGAAUCUGCCCCAAAUAUUGCGCCCUCGAUGGAGGUGUCUUCUUCGAAGACGGAACUCGGCAAGACACCUCCAUCGAGGGCGCAAUAUUUGGGGCAGAUUCCGCGCUCUCCAGGUGUUCCGGGGGUGCCUCUGUCUCCAGGCGUUCCUGGGUUUCCGUCUGGGCCAGGUUGACCGUUGCCUCCAGUAGACUUAAUAGUACUCGAAAAUUACCAGGAGCUCCAGGGUUUCCUGGCUGUCCAUUGGGUCCAGGUGGUCCAGGAGGUCCGGGAGGUCCGGCAGGUCCUGGUGCACCAGGAGUAGGAGGAACGGAGAUGGCGGGUUGUCCAGGCUGUCCUGGGGCUCCUGGGCUUCCGGGGUUUCCGUUGGGUCCUGGUGGUCCCUUAGGUCCAGGUGUGCCUGGGCCUCCUGGAACUCCGGGUCCUCCUGGAUUUCCGUCACGUCCAGCAUCUCCAGGCUGUCCAGGUGCUCCUGGUGGUCCGGGUGGUCCAGCUGGGCAAGGGUUGCAUGGAGCAGGGGAGCGCCAGGGUUUCCUGGUCGUCCUGCGUUUCCAGGAGUUCCUGCUGGUCCCGCAGCUCCACCAGAGCAACAAGCGGAGCAGUCGUUUCCUCCAUUGUAGCUGCCACCACCUCCACCAACGUUUCCGUAGACUUAAUAGUACUCGAAAAUUACCAGGAGCUCCAGGGUUUCCUGGCUGUCCAUUGGGUCCAGGUGGUCCAGGAGGUCCGGGAGGUCCGGCAGGUCCUGGUGCUCCAGGAGUAGGAGGAACGGAGAUGGCGGGUUGUCCAGGCUGUCCUGGGGCUCCUGGGCUUCCGGGGUUUCCGUUGGGUCCUGGUGGUCCCUUGGGUCCAGGUGUACCUGGGCCUCCUGGAGCUCCGGGUCCUCCUGGAUUUCCGUCACGUCCAGCAUCUCCAGGCUGUCCAGGUGCUCCUGGUGGUCCGGGUGGUCCAGCUGGGCAAGGGUUGCAUGGAGCAGGGACUGUCCGAGGAAUGAAGCUCCACACUGAAGCUUGGGCACUGCGUCGUGUCACGAGCAGAACAGGCUAA